AUGGUGCGGGACAAACUGACACAAGAGGAUGAGGAAUGCAUUGACAGGAUUGUGAAUCCGUAUCCGUUUGUAACUGAAGAUACUCUGAAUGACAUUGAUGCAUCUGAGUGUCCAGAAGAAAGGAAUUCUCUUGUAUGUGAACUUUCAGUUGUUCUUUCUAAUGGCGCAGCAGUGCUCAAUCCGCGAAUCCAGGGAAUGUUUCCGCGGUUGAUCGCCUUGCUGAAUGACAAACAGAUAUACAAUUCAAGUGCAAUCAUGCUUUCUGAUGCAUGUAGGCACAUAGAGGAUGUACAGAAUGCAUUCAAAACCCUUGGAAUAUUCAAUCUUCUGGAAUUCAGUGAAAUACACUACAAGUCAACAAUGUCUUUGGUUUACUCAUUAUGCAUAGAAAAUAAUAACAACAGAGAAUAUUUCAUUGAAAACUAUUACGAUGAACAGCGUGACAGAAAUUGUUCACUAAUCCAAAGCAUUAUUACACCUAUACCUGAUGAGUCAAUUGAAUCAACUGAUAUUGAUCUGCUUUAA